AUACACAUGCUCGCAGCUCAGGGGCCUGCCAGGCAGAAGUAGACAGAAGCGAAGGCAGGGACUCAGCUGGACGCACUCAGCAGCAUACAGAUUGGACACGAACUCACUUGAUGCUUUGUAUCCCAACGCUCGCAGAGGCUUCCUGUCUUGGUGAAUGGUGAGGCGGUUUGGACCAAUGGGAGGGCAGCGGUGAGGAUGCAACAGUGAUCCAGGAAAAAACAGCCCAUUGUUCCUGGGACGUCGGAGAAGUGUGACCUCCCUCCUGCCGGCUCCGCGCGCUCGGCCUAACAGCACACCGAAGGACUCGGCACCCCAUUGGCAGAUAUGAGUGGGGGAGUUAACGUGAAGUCGGCCCCCCGUGGGCCUCCCUCUUCAGGAAUCCCCCUUCCACGUAACCUGUUGCCCUCCUCCCCCAAAACAGACCCGCACCGCCGGGCUAGUGACCUGCCCAGGCCCUUGAUACUGACCCCUAAACACACACCCACCCACACUCCCACACAGACGCCCACGCACUCUCCUUCACUUCGCCCAAAAAGCUCCAACAUCCCCGGGCCUUCCUCCAGGGACCUACUGAGAGAUGCUAGCCUGAAAAGUAAUCUCUUCCACCGGACGGGAGCGCUACCCGCUCCCCAGGUGUCCCGCUCUGCCUACAGCAGCCCGCUGACCCAGCGCCGGGUGCCACCGCCACACUCCAAAGACACACUGGAUCUGGGAAAACCAGCCCUGGCGCACACCCCAACGCAGUUACCAAACGAUGGCAAUCGCAACAGGAACACCUUCACCAAUAAGAACGAAACAUGGGGAGCCAGCAACCUGCGUCCCCCGCACCAGUUCAGGAGAGGGGAUAACUCCAACGUUGUAACAACGAGUGAGGUCAUACCAGGAAGAGAAGAAGAGCGUCCGGAAAACCAGCCAGCCCAGUCCAGCAUGUUGAACAACGGUAAUCUCCGUCCCUCUCUCACUCAAACGAGCUACGAGCACGCCGUCAGAGGUCGUAGUAACUCCAUGAGCCAGUCAGAUGAGGAGAUGGCGACUCCUGAGGACAGUAGUCUGGCCUCCUCUCCCGGCCCCCUGCCACUGCCACCCAUCACAUUCACGCUGCCAGUGAUGUCCAAGGUGGCUGUUGAUGCACAGGAUCAAAACCCAGAGAAGGAGGCUGCGUUCACAGAGACACACACACCCAGAGUCAACAUGGCUACUGUGGCUCCCUUCAGCUACAGGCUGCAGGUGCAGGAGAGGGAUUUCUCAGUGGAUGAACUGAGCGACUGCUCCUCUGGAUCCAUAGAAGUCUGCUGCGAUGACCUAACACCAGGGGGGAUGCUGGAGGCUAAUGUGGCUAACAUUAGCAUGACGGCUAAGCCCAGAGAGCUGGACCUCAGGUCUGCUGCUGUCUCCUGCCAGGAUACUUCGGCCCAGGCCAUGGCCUCUAGGAAGCCCCCGCCCAAGCCCUCCGCUCUGCCCCAGGGACCUUCACGUCCCUCCGGGUCAGAGCUCAAGGUCUACCGGCCCUCCUCUGGAUCUAUCCCAAUCCCAAUCCCCAAUCCGUCCGGUCUCCGUAAACAGCGAUCACUUGGCAACUUGUCUGUGCUCACUGAUGCUGAGAAGAAGCUGCACCUGUACCAAUCUCCGCGGUGGAACGAUGAUACAAGCCGGCCUGGCGCUGGCCCCAACAAAGCAGGCCAGACUAAAACAGGGCAAGCUGCGGGCGGGAGACCACCGCUCUCUCGGACUCUGUCAAAGUCAGAACAGUCUCUUUUCCAGGGAAAGCCCAAACCUCUCUGCUCCCCGGCUGUGACUUCUAAUGCAGGGAAACCAAGUCGAAUCCCUGCCCCUGGUAAACCACGGGGACCUUAUGCUGAGGUCAAGCCCAUUAGCAAGGCCUCUGAGGCGGGCCAGAGUGCAGACACAGACCCUGCUGGCCAUCCAACCAAAGCCAACUCCAAUGGAGCUGACAGUCCUGGGACUAAUGGCAAGAAACCAGGGGAGAAGGGGAAAUCUGCAGCUCUGGCAACAGAGGAAAAGAAAGAGAGGAAAGGGGUAGAGGGGGAAGACAAUAAGGGCUUUCUCAAGGUGGACCCAGAGUUAGUGGUGACAGUUCUGGGAGACCUGGAACAGUUGCUCUUCAGCCAAAUGCUUGACCCAGAGUCCCAGAGGAAGAGAACCGUGCAAAAUGUUCUGGACCUUCGACAGAACCUGGAGGAAACCAUGACCAGCCUCAGAGGGGUGCAGAUUAGCCACAGCUGUGUGGAGGGCACCAUGUGCUACGACAGCGAUGAAGCUGCUGCCUUCUCCGUUUCCAGUCUUUCAAAUCGCUCCUCUCCAUUGUCGUGGCGCCAGGGUCAAGCCAGCCCCCGUCUCCAGGCUGGCGACGCUCCUUCAACAGAUAACGCCCAGACAGACAUUCCCCUGCGGAUCAGCCACACCUCUCGCAUCCAGCUCAUCGAAGCCCUGGAAGGCUCGGAUCCGUCCUCGCUGAAGGUAGAUUACCUCAGCGACAGUGACCUCGGCGGGAAGAGCCCGAACGAGGAUGAUGAAGAUGAUGAUGAUAUUGACGAUCUGGGGAAUGGUUGGGAUGAGAGCAGUUCUAUCAGCAGCGGUCUGAGUGACGGCUCAGACAACCUGAGCUCUGAGGAGUUCAACACGAGUCCCACUCUCAACUCGCUUCCCACCACUCCAAUCGGCUCCCGCAGAAACUCAGCCAUAGUGAUGCGCACGGAUGCAGAGAAGAGAUCUCUGGUGGAGAGCGGUCUGUCCUGGGACUCUGAUGAUACCAAACCCAGCCGCAAGAGCCAGGGCGGCAGCAUCUACGACACAGGAAGUCUCAAGUCUGAAUCAGCCAAUAAAUGGAAAAAGACAAGGCCGCAGGGGGAGGGGCUGGAAGGAGGGAAGGGCGAACUUAAGAAACCUCAAACCCUAGGUCAAGGAAAUGUGUUGAAGAAAGGAAGAAACCCACCUGUGGGAGUCACAUCCCCGAUCACCCACACCUCUCAGAGUGGGCUGAAAGUAGCAGGUACAGUAAAGUCAGAUGGGAAGCCCAUGGAUAAGUCUCGGUUAGCAGUGAAGACUUCAGGUCUUCAGCGCUCCUCUUCUGAUGCUGGUAAAGACCACCGGAAUGGCACCAGUGGUGGUGAACAACGUAAACCUCCAUCCGGCCUGGUCAGGCCCUCAACGGGUGGAAACUUUGGCUUCAAGAAACCCACCACAGCUACCAGUAACGGGACCAACAAUGCCAGUAUGCACACUGUGAUGAGCACAGGUGGCAGUGCCAUACCCAGCGGCUCUGCCACUGUGGGGAAGAUUCCCAAAACCUCGGGUAUUCCUGUCAAACCAGGUGCUGGCGGUGGUGGUGGUGGUGGAGGACGUAAGACAAGUCUGGAUGUUUCAAGCAGCGACCACAGUGGUUUUCUGUCGCCUAAUGCCAGGACUUCUCUCCAGUACCGCUCUCUGCCUCGUCCUGCCAAGACAAGCACCCUGACUCUAACCCGGCCCAGCUCAGCUCGCCCAGUGAGCACUACCAUGGACACAGGCUCUGGACUGAUCAAACCCUCCACUACAGCACCCCAGGGCUCGAGGCUCAAAGAACCCGGCUCAGGGCUUAACUCUGGAACAGGGUUGAGUAAGGCAGGGGGUCGUGGCAUCCCAAGUCCCAGUCCUGUCAAUCAAACAGACAGAGAGAAAGAGAAAGAGAGAGCCAAAGCCAAAGCUGUUGUGUCUGACUCUGAGUGUGGAGGCGCGUCUCUGAAGGGCAGUCCUGCUCAGACCCCCUCAGAGAACGGAGGGAAGCUCCAGGGUCUAAGACCUCCAAGCACUCUGCCCUCACCCAACACACACAGAUUAUCUGGGGUACGCAGCCUGGUGAAGCCUCCAUCCAUGGCCCAGCUCGAUAAGCUGAACUCCAACAGCCUGGAGGUCGGGGUACAGGACUCCCUGCCUCCAAAGAUUCCCCCCUACUCUAAGCUCCAGGACCUGGCUAGCUCAGCAGGCAGUUCCGCUGGCUCCUGCCUGACCCCCAGCCCUGCCCCAUUACUCAACGUGAACUCUUCGGCCUGCUUCUCGAGCUCUGGGAUAGGGUUGGGGCCCCGGCAGGUCUCUUCACUCGGAGUUGAAGGGAGCGGAGGAAGCACCUCUCCCCUGCUCUACCCUCGUCUGUCUGGGCUGCAUCGGAGCAUGGAGUCGUUGCCCCUCCAAAUGAGUCUGGCUCCAGAGCCCCAGGAGAGGGAGAAGGUUAGAGAGCGGGAGAGUUUGGUGAGAGGCUACACCACCAUAGAGUCCAGAGACAAAGAAAGACAGGAAGACAGAGGCCCUCCUGCCAGCUGGAGCUCUGGAAGUAAAGUCACGCUGACUCUCACAGACAGUUCUCAGAGAGACAGAAACACACUGCCAAAGAAAGGUUUAAGUUUCAGCGGUGCCUCCCAGGUUGAGGAGGAAGGGAAGGAGAAAGGAGAGAGGAGACACUCUCACACUAUUCUCAGUAUGACCGAUUCGCUCACUCUUCCACUGAUGUCCUCACCCACCUCCCUGCCCCGCACCUCUAAGACAAGUCUGGUACCCAGCCCUGUUGGCGGUCCUCCAAGGAUGACUCGAUCCAACAGCAUCCCAACACACGAUGCCUCCAUGGAGCUGUACGGGGCGUCUCCACUGGGCAGCACACUGUCGCUGGCCGAGCGUCCCCGCAGCAUGGGAAUGGUUCGCUCCGGAUCCUUCAGGGACAAAGAGUCAGAUGAAGUCCAUGGUUCUGUACUCUCCCUGGCAUCCAACGCCUCGUCGAGCUACUCCUCGGUGAGUGUGGGCGGCAUGCAGACUCAGGCUGAGGAAAGGAUUCAGGGAGAGCAAAUCCGCAAGCUGAGGAGAGAGCUGGAGUCGUCCCAGGAGAAGGUGUCUAACCUGACCACACAGCUGACAGCAAACCAGGCAAAUCUGGUGGCUGCAUUUGAGCAAAGUUUGGCAUUGAUGACAACUCGGCUUCAGAGUCUGUCAAUAAGCCAUGAGCAGAAGGAUUCAGAGCUGCUGGAGCUGCGGGAGACCAUCGAGUCUCUGAAGGCCAGGAAUGAAGAGGCCCAGGCUGUCAUACAUGGAGCUUUAAACACCCCAGAUAACAUGAAAGACCUGCGAAUUCGACGUCAGAACUCAUGUGAGAGCAUCUCGAGUCUUAACAGCCUGACCAGUAUGUCGAGCAUUGGCAGCUUGAAGGACCAAGAUGCCAAGAAGAAGAAGAAAAAGAGCUGGCUGCGGAGCUCCUUCAACAAGGCAUUUAGCAUUAAGAAAGGCUCCAAAACCUACUCAGACAUCGAGGAAAUUGCCACACCGGAUUCCUCAGCUCCCAAUUCCCCAAAGAUGCCUCAUGAGGGGGGAGAAGGAGGGGAGAACGAGCUCUCAUCCCUCAAAACCUCAGCUUCUGCCACCUCCUCUGUCAUCAUGGAGACUACAGAAGAGGGGGACAAUGAGGAGACGGCGGUAUCAGAUCUACGCUCAGAACUCUGGGUGAAAGAGAGGGAACUGACAGACAUCCGACUGGAGGCCUUAAACUCCGCCCACCAGCUGGAGCAGCUCAGAGAAGCCAUGAACAACAUGCAGUCAACGGUGGAGAACUUGAAGGCAGAGAAUGACCAUUUGAAAACAGGAAGUCAGCUCAAUCUCCCAGGUUCUGGUCCCACCUCCUCCACCUCCCAGCCUUCAGGCCUGGCCUCUCUCUUGGGGCCCUCGCUGAGGCAGCCAAUGAGCAUGUCCCUCACCAAGUCCUUCAGCCUCAGUCUGAAUGACUGUAAAGAUCCAGACGUGUCUCCAGUUGAAAUGCUGAGUGUUUCCUCCCAGCGGGAUGAGGUGACUGCACGAGUACUGGUCCGGAUUGGAGAUCAACCAGAGGACAGUAAACAGCAGCAGGAGUAUUACUUGGGCUCAGUGCCCGUCAAUGCAAGGACUGACUGGGCCUGUCUCGACUCUCUCAUAGCUAAGAUCUUCAAAGACUAUCUAACUCAAGUGGACCCGACAGCCAGCCUGGGUCUGUCCUGUGAUUCGCUGCAUACGUACCAGCUGACCCAAGGAGGGCAGAGGGUGAUAGGAGGGGACAAACCUCAAGCCUCACCAUAUCGUUGUCUCAGCAGUGGUUCAGCUCGAAUAUUUGUCACCUUGAAAGGUCUUAGAGAAAAAUGUGUUGACUCACUGGUGUUUGAGACUCUGAUUCCUAAGCCCAUGAUGCUGCACUACAUCAGCCUGCUGCUGAAGCACAGGCGUCUGGUUCUGUCUGGGCCCAGUGGGACAGGAAAGACUUACCUAGCUCAGCGUCUGGCCCACUACCUCCUGCAGCGCAGCCGCACCGACUCGUCCGAGGCCGACCAUGAGACCUGUGUCCUGGGUCGCAGCGCCGCUGUCACCUUCAACAUGCACCGUCAGUCGCAGAAGGAUCUGCAGUUGUAUCUGUCCAACCUGGCGAAUCAGAUUGACAGAGAGAGUGGAGGAGAGAUGCCACUGGUUGUUAUCAUAGAUGACAUCAGUGAUUCUGCAGCCAUCACUGAGCUUGUUAACGGAGCGCUCACCUGCAAGUAUCACAAAUGUCCAUACAUCAUUGGCACGACUAAUCAGCCAGUGAAGAUGUCAUCCAACCACGGACUGCACCUCAGCUUCAGGAUGGUGAUGUUCUCCAACAACGUGGAACCAGCAAAUGGGUUCCUGCUGAGGUACCUGCACCGUAAAGCUGUGGAGGCCUACCAGGAGGAGGAGAAGGACUCCACAUGCCACCAAGCUCUCCUCCGCGUACUCGACUGGGUCCCUCAACUCUGGUACCACCUCCACGCGUUUCUGGAGAAACACAGCACUUCAGACUUCCUUAUAGGUCCCUGCUUCUUCCUGUCCUGCCCAGUAUCAGUGGCAGAGUUCAGGCAGUGGUUUAUUGACCUGUGGAACCACUCCAUCAUACCGUACCUCCAAGAGGGAGCCAAAGACGGCAUCAAGGUCCACGGGCAGAAGGCAGUAUGGGAGGAUCCAGUGGAGUGGGUGAGAGGCACCCUCCCUUGGCCCAAUGCACAGCAAGACCAGUCCAGACUCUUUCACCUACCUCCCCCCAGCAUAGGUGCAGCCAGUGAGGAGAAGAAGCCCCCCAAAGAUACACCUCCACCCAGCACACUGGAGUCAGACCCGCUGAUGGCCAUGCUGCUGAAGCUGCAGGAGUCGGCCAACUACAUCGAGUCUCCAGAGCGGGACGGCAGUCUGGAUCCCAGUCUGCAGGCUACACUCUGAGGAUAACAUCUGACUGUCAGUCGAGCUAUGGAACUAUGGACUCUUUAUUACGGCUGACACAGCGAAUGCAGUCCCAAUGAGACUUUAAAGACUCGAUAAUGAACUUAACUGUGUGCUCAGUGAGCAGUUACAAAGCUAAAUGUAAAGGAUCUAGAGAGAGAGAGUGAAUAUGGACGAAGGGUUUGCUCUGCCCUGGUAUUACAACAUUGGAAAGACAAUUCAACUGCUUUCAUAGGAAGCUGUGAUGAUCAUGUCAGGGAAAGAUAUUGAUUUGUCUCUUCUCUGCCCCCAGUUUGUCCCAGAUAGGUUAUUGUUGAAUCUGCAAGUGCAUGGUAACCGGAAUAGUAUGAUGCAAAAUAUUACCUAUAAUCCUACUGAUCAAGACCCAUUUGUUCCCUUUUCUUUUGUUUGUGUUUGACUGCCACAACUUUCACUACAACUAUUGGUGCUUACUGGUUUUUCUUAGAAGGCACGUGCUUCAUUUCCGAAUGAAAUUCACCUCAGAAGUAAAAGAGUCUGAUUUCCCCAAAAGUCAGAGCAUCACUCAACAACAGCCAAAAAAUGCACUUUAUUUUCUACACGUGGUAAUUGGAUUUAAGGCGGCUGUGUCAGUGACGGUGCAUCAAAUGGGGGGGUUGGACUAUCAGUUUGGCCAAAUCAUUAGCAGUUCAUUAAAAAUUCCUCUAGAUGGCAGCAUCCAGUAACUCCUGCCUCAGUGCCCUCCUGGUGUGCUUUUCGUCUUAUCAAAGGUGCUCGGUAAAAUAUAACACACACUCAGUAACACAACAACAAAAAUUGCCUUGAAUGUUUUCUUUCUUUUCUUUUCGGUGCAGCCGUUGAGUCAUAGGCGGAGCAAGUGUCACACCUGUGAAGGUGUAGGAGUAACAUGCAUGGGUGAAUGAUGAAUUGAAAAAUGAAUCAGUUUCAGGGUCAGUCUGUGCAGUAAAAUGUCAUCGUUAGUUGACUCAGUAGCCAAGUGGUUUACUCCAGUAAAUACACUGAUCCUAACCACAGACAUUGACCCUAGACUCAACAUAGUGUAUUUUAAACACACAAGAGAAAACUCAAAAACUGCUUGUUUAUCUAGUCUGCCAAAACGGCCUACCAUUUCUGGCUGUGCUUGCUUCUAUCCUGUAUUUAGAUAUCAGUUUUAAAACACAAACCUAUCUUGUGAUUGCUGAAGAUACAGCUUUGAAAAUCUUGAUUUUGUAGGUUUUUAUACUGAGUCACUGAGCAUCUGCAUACAAUUAUCAUAGUAUAUAUAUACGCACCCAACAUUAUCAGCAAGAGCAGACAGCGUAGAUGAGUACUUCCGUCGUCACUGUUUCAUUUCUCAUUCAUAAUCUUACUGGAGGAAGAAGGUGAACAUGAGUGAAAAAAUCUGCCAUCGAGCGAUAAGAAAAUGUACAAAAACCAUUUCCUUCCUCAUUGCAUUUGCUCUCUAUAUCUUUUCAUAAGGGUUUUGAAUGGUAUGAACUGGUUGAAUCUCAAUUUCAAGUGGCUUCCUCUCAUUUCUUUCCUUCAUUCUUUUGCACAUAAUAUAUGAUAGAAAGUACUAGAUUACAACGAGUAUUUAUUGCUCACAUCCUGACUGUUCAUAUGAAGGAAAUCAGCAAAAAAAAAAAAAAAAGGUGUGUUAAAGGAGGAAGCUGUAGGUAGUAGAGAUACACUUAAACCUCUUAGCUCUGUGCCCCUUGACCCUGAAGUACCUCAGACUGCCAUAUUCUGUCCAGAUGUUCCUCUACUUUUCAAGCAGCCGAGUGCUGGUGGAAAGUAGAGACAUGAUGCCUAAGUCUUAUCUGUGCCUGAAACACAAUUUGGCCUAAAGCUGCUUUCGAGCUGCUUUAAUCUACCACACGGAGGCCUCGAUUCACUUCCUCUCACCUACUCUGAUGUCACUUAAAUGUCGUCACCUUGAUGCCCCCGCAUUUGGGUGGGGAGUGGGUUAUUGAUUUGGGCCUAUUGCUGGUAGUUAAGGUAACGUGUGUGUCAGUUAACUCUGCAGUAGAUGAGAAUGUGUAUCAUGAGUGUGUGUGAUUUGACACCAUCUACAUAAACUUCAAGUGUGAAAGACUGGACAUCUUUGAGACAGUUGCCUGCGAGUGGGAAGCAGCAUAAGAACAGAUAUUAGCCUGGAGAUGUAAUGUGGAUGCAUGUAUCCCUUGUGUGCUCCCAAAGUUUUGCUUCAUUGGACCUACCACACUUAAACCUUAUCACGGGAGGGAUUUUUAAUAACUGGAUAUCUUCCUUUUUUGCAUUGUUCUUAAGGGCAGACAUUUGUUGUUUUGUUUUUUUUCUUAUGCAAAUAUUUGUAAAGGUUUCUUUCUCUUUUGUACAUGACAUCACUAUUGUAAACACUGUAAAUAGUCAGUGCAUCUGCGACAACAAUCACUAAAAAAAAAAGAAAAAAGUAGAGGUCUAAGAGAAGGCAUGGCUCCUGUAUGCAGAAAACGGGCGUUCUCAGUGGUUUUAUUGUCUUCCUCCAAUAGGAAGGAGCACUUGGCUUAAAAGAGGACCUAAUAAUGGUUGUAUGGCAUGUCUCUAUAACCACAUCAAAUCCCAUAUGUCUAACAUUGAGCAAUGGACACAAUAAAAUCAUGCCAUUCUUCACAUCA